AAAGAAGGUAAGGGUCAGAUAUUCCCCCUCUCCGCCAAGCACCACUCCACCAUAUCGCUUCUAAAAAAAAAAAAAAAAUUAAAAAAAUACGAGUAGAUGCUUGAUUUUUAUUUUUUGUUCACACGUAUGAUGUAUUCGCGUCUGACCUGCUGCUACCUGAACAAUCAAUCUGCUGUGUAAACUUAGCACAAAAUCAUCGAUGCUUGAAUUUUCGACGAGAUUAAACGUGAUUUCAUCGCAUUUUUACGCCAAUCUCCCAACAGACAGAUGAUGAAAUAAAAAGCUACGUGGAUGAAAAGCACUCUCUCUCCUUAUCGCAUACAUAUCUCUGUUGCGGGUUUAUGAACGAAAAUUGAUACCAUUCAAUUGACGACCAACUGAUCACCUGAUCACCAUCAGUACACUGUAGACCUGUCGAGUAUCCCGCGCGUGUGAUUAUACAAGACGCACGCGUGCAUCUGCAUACUAUAGCUAUCGAACUUUGGACUUUUUGCCAAAAAUUGCAAGUCCGGCAGCGGCGACCGGCCGAAUCUCGAAUCUCGCGCGAAUUAAGAUUUUAAAUUAUGGCAUAUGUGAUUAUAUGUAGAAUGGUGCAUUUAAUUGUGUAACCCCGUUUUAAACGGCCAUAUACUCUGUACAGCGUGCUUGAAGAAUUUAUCGCCGUGUAAAUAUUCUGCCAAAUUAUUCGCCGAGUGUGUUGGCAGCUGUUUGCGAAUUAAAAUUGAAAACGAGCCGGAAAACGAUGAAAAUGAACCGAACGACGGUAAAUCAGAAAAUACCAGAAUUGAUGCUCAAAAGUCAAACAAUGAAAACUGCACGCUGCUGGACCAAGCACCGACCAACACGCCGGAAAAUAUAUCCAAUUCGCUGGCGAAUGCAACGACCAACGGUAGCAACAAGUAUUUGCAUAAGAAGUUCAAAAAAAUGGUCGCCAUCUUGUCAGAUGACAGCACAUCACCUUCAUCCGGCAUCGAUCAAUCGACAAAUCGAGUCGUUUCACCGACGGCGGCGACUGCGGCAUCGGCUAUCGCGAAAGAUUUAACGACGUGUCAUAGUAAUAGUAGUAGUAAUAAUAUUAAUAACAACUCUACGACAUCAUCAACGCUGCCAUGGACGACCACGACUGCAACAACGUCAUCUUCUGCCAUCAGCUUAGCAGCAGUUGUAGCAUCGUCUGCGACAUCUUCAACUCCGGCCUCCACUUCUAGUAUCGAAAUCCAUCAUAAUCGUCAGUCGCAGCCGCAGUCGCAACAGCACCAGAACCACGCAUCAUCGAUUCAUGCCACAACAGCGACAGCAGCAGUAGUAACAAUACCAACGACAACAAUGCAAUCUAGUCUUCCAAAAUUGGUAGCGUCGACGGCGCGUAACGACGGUAAAAUUUCGACGUCGACGACGACGAUGGACGUCACGAGUAAUCACUUGAGCGUAACUCGGGAGUGUAAUUCGACCAGUCCUUACAAAUCGUCGACUGGUUCGGCUAAUUCCGAAGACGAUGGUGUGGCGACGGUGGCUGCCAAAUGUGUUUGCCCGUAUUGCGAUCUGGUAUGCAGUAAACCGAGCGUACUGGAGAAGCAUUUGCGAGCGCAUACGAACGAACGACCGUAUCCUUGUCUUCCUUGCGGGUUUUCGUUCAAAACGCGCAGCAAUCUGUUGAAACAUUGUCGUACCUCGAGAUCGCAUUCGCUGAAGCUGGAAGAAGCCGGUGUCGAGAAUAACAUCAUGUCUGGCGUGAAGAUGAGCGUCGACGAAGAUGGCGAUGAAAUGGACGACGAUGCUCAGGUGUCGACGACUACGUCGUCUACUACGUCGAUCGCUUCGAUUAAAGACGAAUCUAGUAGCAACGAUGAGAACAAAAGCGCCGACAGUGUACCUCGUGCAGCCAUCUAUAAGCCUAAAUUCCAUAAAGCCGCUAUUUACAUACAGAACAACAACGGUAGCAAUGGCAGUGGCAGUGGCAGCGGCAGCAAUGCUAUAGCUUCUGCCAUUACAGCUCUGCCUCCAGCUUCUUCGAAAUGCGUCGUCGAAUCCGCAGCUUCUACCAUGAACAAGCUCGGAUUACAGUUGAAGAUACCAGCGGCCGCAGGAACGACCACGACCGGUGGCGCAUCCGCCUCCUCGACGCCUUCGACGCCGUCGCCAUUUACCAGCGGCUCGUCUCCCAGUCCGGAAUUCCUUCACAGACAUAUUAGCAAACUGAUCAGCGAAAAUCAGGCUAUCGUCGAAACAACCGAUCCGUUCUGGUCGAAGAAGUUUUACCAAAGGAGCAAAGAAGGAUCGCCGUCCAGUCCGCUAUCUAAUUCGUCUUCCUCUAGUUUAGAUUCGUUCAAGAAAAUACCGCCUCCGCUUCCGAUUCCGAUUCCACUCGGUGUCAAGCAACACGCCGAAUCGCAGCACAAUAUCGAAGAUAAACUACCGGUCGAGUCAAAGUUGGCGCACGCUUUGCUGCAGCCGAGAGUGACGAAGGUGGUGACUACGACAAUGACCAUCGUACCCACCAACGAGCACGUGGUUGUGGCUGCUGCGACUGCUGUCGAAGACGCUCAGCCUUUGAACUUAUCCAUUUGUAAAGAUACCAGGAUGAAAAGUUACCUUGACGAGGACGACGAUAAGACUGUAGCAGCGACGCCGUCCGUCGAAUUUCGUCUGAUCGGCAACGAAGCUCCGCCGGCCAGAUUCGUACCGAAUGGCAGGAUAUCCUCGUCGGCUAGUGGUGGCGACGUCUACAUGAAAGAUGCUCAUCAUCACGCGUUUGUGAAAUCUGCCACGUUAGGCGACGGAGCGAUUUUAACGACGGCGGCGGCGAUCGCUAAAAAUACUAAAUUACCUAUUAUCGAACAUAUGUGUUCUUUAUGCGAUGAAACUUUCGAUAAUUACGAUAAGUUAAAAGCUCAUAUAUUGUAUCAAUGCAAAGGCAACAAGAAUCAUAGUUUAAGUAGCGCGAGUAGUAUUAAUAAUCACUUAAGCGGCGUACUUAAUAAACCCGCGAUGACCAGCAACGACGCCAGAGUAUUCCUAAGAGUAGCAUCGUCGACGUGUUCGUCUGCAUCGUCAACGACGCCGGAACCGCAGUUGUUGGUUCAGCAGCAACAGCAUUCCGCCAAACCAGCUAAUCUGAAUCAGUCGCCUGGUCCGCGAUUAGGUAACACCCCGUUGAUAGGUAAUUACAAGAAAUUAUCGGUGAUUACGACCGGCGGUGGCGGUGGAGGCGGCAGCAGUACGAUUAAGAACAACAACCACAUAUUGAUCGAGCACCAUAAAAGCGUGACUAGUUUGAAAUCGCUAGAGGAGUUAUCGAAUGCGCCGAUGAAAGGUACCACCAAUCACUUCGUCUACAAUGCUGCUCUAAUGGACGACUCGGUUGUCGAGAAAAGCUCGUCGUCCAUGUUGAAAAUGACCGAAGACGACCUGGCAAAAAAUUCGAUCAUCGUUUCGAAAACGUUAGCGAUGCCCGAUGACCAAAAACUGAUCUCGAUCAAGUCCUCGUCGACGAUGGCCGGAAUGAUGGCUAAGCCGAAAGAUACCUCUUCGUCGGCCGUAUUCAAAUCAAACGCCGGUCUAGCCGAUCUUGCCAUUUUAAACAAAACUACCUCUUCGGCAACGCCGCCGAAAUUUGUUUUACCCGUUGUACAAGGUGUACCGAAUCUCGCCUCGUUGCAAGGCGUUCCGGCCGCAGCUUUGUUGGCAGCUACUACCAAUUCUGCAGAGUUGCACGCAUUGUCUCCGCUCGGUCCUGGAUACAGGACGCCUACCACCCCGACCGCUUCGCUACCGAAGGCUAAAUCAACCCAUGUGAACGGAGGAGUUGUAACCAUAUUGCACGGAGGCAAAGUGAUACCUUAUGUUCCGGGUAUGCCUGGUCCUCAGUCGGCUGCUGCAGCUUUUUUGCAAGUUGACGGGUACGAGAAAAAGAGCUCGGAAGCGGUUAAAAGAAAGUACGAUGAUGGUGGACCUCUUAAUGGAAUGAUCAAACAUGCGAAUCAUCAACGUAUCGUCGACGAUCUGUCGCCAAUUUCGAAUACUGCCCAAGGUUCCAAACUUCUGCACAGUGUGAAAAUCAAAGAUGAACUUUUUUCUAGUAUAUACAUGGACCAAGAAAAAGAUACCAACGGCGUGAAAUUCGCACGACCUUCUUCGUUACCAUUGAAACCAGGCACGUUUAUACCGAAAAAAUUACAACCCGGUACAUCGUCUUGUCUACCUCUCAUCAGUCCGGAAACUCCUCGUCCGAAUAAAUCAUACGGUCAGCUGUACAUCGGAGGCAACGCUUAUACUUAUCUCGGCUUGAAAUGCUCCACUCGAAGUACAUUCUGUACCCUUCAUAAAUCGCAACCAACUUACGUACCUCUUAGCCCCGAACAUAAUAAAGUAUCGAUGUAUUCGAACUGGAAAAUAAGAUCGGACGUGGAUCCUUAUUUGCGUGGUGUUCCUCCUACGAAAGCGAUGUCUUGUUAUGAUUCACGUCAGAGAUAUUCGUCUUAUACGGUCGUCCAUACGAAGAUGAAAGAUGCCGUUACUCAUUCGUCCUACUGGUUCAAUAGAUCGAAACAGCACCCAGAUCAGGGUGAUGGCAAUCAAUGCAUCGAUACCGAUAGUAAAGACAAUAUUCAGAUACAAUUGCAGGGUGAAAUGCACGCGAGGAAUAGCGAAGAUGGAUUGAAAAACAAUAAAUAUUUGGUCGGUGGAAUCGAAUCAACGGACGAGUACACUUAUAUUAGAGGACAAGGGCGAGGAAAAUACGUUUGUUUGAAAUGCGGUAUUCGGUGCAAAAAACCAUCCAUGUUGAAGAAACAUAUUAGAACGCAUACGGACGUUCGUCCUUACAUCUGUAAACACUGCGUAUUCAGAUUUAAAACCAAAGGCAACCUGACUAAGCAUAUGAAAUCCAAAGCACAUUACAAGAAGUGUAUGGAGUUGGGAAUUGUACCUGUACCGACCGUCGUUGAUGAUUCUUACGUAGACGAAGAAAUACUUUCGAAACAAACGCAACAAAUAGAAGAGGGACAAGAUGUAGAAGAAACAGAAGAAGAGGACGACGACGACGACGAUGACGAUGACGAGGAAAAUGACGAAGAUUUUAUCGAAGACAAGGAAGUUGCCGAAGAUCCGAAAUGCCAACUAGAGAGAGAAGUAGCUCGAUCGUUGCUAUCGCUAUCGAAAAUGUCUCAUCAGACGGUCUCCGAACAGUACGCGAAUGCUGGAUUAGUACCAUUGAACGCCAGACCGAACACAUACCCUUAUAAUUUCUCAGCGAACGCGCACUUGUCAUCAAAACCUCAUACUCCAACUUUAACUUUGAUCAGCGAACAGAAAGAACAAGAAAAGGUAUCGAAAAACACUGGUCUAGCUCGAGAACUGCAACCAAUAGUCACAUCGAACGCGAUAAUAAAACCGAAAAACGAAUCGCAUACCAGCGAAAGAUAUUAUUUCGGAUCAGCAGCCGAUAAAGAACACGUACCUAUGGAAACGAACGACGUUCCGUCGCCGGAAAUCGCACCGAAAGAACCUAUACCCCUGAUCAGUGCUAAGAAUUCAUUCGUAGAACGUUCCAGCACCGGGAGCGGCGGUAUUAGCGCCAAAAUCGAAACUUUUGAUCGAAAUAACGAUAUCGAGUCUAAAGAGAACGUGAUGCUGACGCCGACACCAGAUGGAGAGAAAGCUGAAAGCUCUACGUCAGUUAUUAUAUCGAUAGGAUCGCCGAAUUCUAAUUUUAACGCUAGUUCGCCGAAGAGAUUAAAAGCUGAGUUCAUAUCGCCGUGCAGUGGACCUUUAACGAAUGUAUUGGAAGAUGGACGGAGUAAGUGCGCGAUUUGUAAUAAAAUCUUCAGUAAGCAGAGCCAGCUCAGGUUGCAUGUAAAUAUUCACUACUUCGAGCAACCCUUCAGGUGCGAAUCGUGCGCCGUGUCGUUUCGUACGAGAAAUAAUCUUCAGAAGCAUUUAGGAUCGAAUUCGCAUUUAAACAAGGUAAGCAUGAACUCGGCUACAGGUGGCCAAACUUCUACCAAUAAUCCGAGACCAUUCAAAUGCGACGAUUGUAAUAUCGGAUUCAGAAUACACGGUCACUUAGCUAAGCAUUUACGUUCAAAAAUGCAUAUCAUGAAAUUAGAAUGUUUGGGCAAAUUACCGUUUGGUACUUACGCUGAAAUGGAGCGAUGUGGAAUUAAUAUGAACGAUAUCGAUACGACCGAUUGCGAAAACUCAUUGGAAAGUUUACAGAGAAUAGCAAAAGGAGUUGUGAAUUCGGUUACGUAUAUAAAUAGUGCGGAUGAAGAGAAUAAAAUGGGUCCAGAUUCGUCGUUUUAAGCACCUAACCUACCUAAUAUACGAAGAUUGACGAAACGAUUUUAUUUUUUAAUUAUUAUUUUGUGUUCAUAAACGAUUUGUAAUUUGAAUGACGGACGAACGCGAUGUAGAUUUUGUAAAAAAGUAUCGAAUUUUUCGAAAUACGAUACGUGUACAGGCGUACCCCUAUGUAAAAAUAAUUACGUAGGUAAUGUAAAAAAUUGAAUCUGUUUUAUUGAAUAUCGAGAAUGUGUCCGCGCAGCGCCGAUUAUUCAAACGGCCUAAAUUAUUUUUAUUACGGAGAAUAAUUGUUAUGGAUUAGUGGUUAUGAAAAAACUAGUCAUUUAUAUGUUAGAAAGAUGGAUUUUUGGGUUUGUUGAAUUUGGGUAAUAUUUCUUUCUUCUUUAUUAUUUUUUUUUAAAGUGUAUAAUUUUAAGCAUUUUUUGUUUCUUUUUACUUUCCCCCUUCCCUUCUUUUUAUUGUUGAAUAUUUCUUCUUUUAUACAUAUCUUUUAUUUUUUUUUUGUCUUUUGUGUGUGUUUGUGGAAAGGAAAAUUGCAGUACUCUGGUAGAAGUUUCUCUAUGUACUCGAAGUAUAAUACAACAACAUAUUCUAAGUUGAAGGCAUUUGUUACGUGGUAUAAUUUUAAUACAUCAUUUUGAACAUAUCUUUUUAUUUAAAAUACUAUUAAGAGCGUAUUUUUAAUUCGAUUUUGUCAAUUUAUUGAAAAAUCAAUUCGACAUUUUUUUUCUUUCUUUUUUAAUUUCAAGUUCACGAAUAAGGUCUCGUAUACUUUAUUUUUUUACCCGUGAGGAAAUUUUAACUUAAUAGUGCCAUGUUUAGUUUAUAUCGAACGUAGUAAAAAAAAUCAUGUUAUAAGUGAUUCGUAUUUAUUUUCAAAAAUUUUUCGUUUUUUAGAUUUUUAUUCGCGUUUUUAGUUUUUUUUGUAUUGUAGAGAACAUGAAAAAUUACUCAGAAUUUUCUUCACAAUGUGAAAUGAUUAUCAAAAUUAUACCAAAUUAAGAAAUUGUUUAUUUUGUCUCCAAGUGUUCAAGAAGACGUUUUACCUACCUUGUUUGUUAUAUGUAUAUGUUGAAGUAGUUCUUUUUUAUGAUUAAAGUAUAAUAUUAUUACGAUAUAACUACGUGUAUCAUUUUUCAAUUUUUUUUCGAGCGACUGUCAUAUGUUUUGUUUUUAAGUUUUUAAUUUUAAUUUCUAUUAUAAUUUUUUUUUUGUAUCGUUCGUGGGAAAAUUUUCAAACAAAAUUUUCAUUAUGGAUCUCAAGUUUUGGGAAACUGUGCUCAUUAUUGUACGGAUAGUCUGUUUUUAAUUGUGUACACUAUCGAAGAUCAAAAUUACAAUAAAAAGGGAAUUAUAUUUUUCGUGUUUAUUCUUUCAUCGUGCAACUCGACCAAUUUUUAGGGCCGCGACUAUUUUUUUCUUUUCUUUUUUCUUUUUUUGGUUGAAUUUUUAUUGUUUUUUUUUUUUUGUUUUGUUGGCGAAAUUAAAUUUUUUCGAGGAAUGAAAAGACUUAUUUGAAAAUACGUAUUAAACGCGUUUGUUCUAUAUCUUUUACUAUUUAUUAUUAUAAUGAUAAUGUAGUGAUUACUGUUUAAAUAACGUGAAUAUAUUCUCAUUCUUUUUUGAUCUUCCUACGUGUAAAUAAACGAAAUGAUGAAAUUUA